CUACUGAAAAUCCGUCAUUGUCGUUUACGCUACUUUGAUUCUCAAAAAUACAUUAACUGUUCUGUUAUAGAGUUAAAAGCAAAAAUGGGAGUUGACGCAGGUUUCUUAAUACUCGGAAUCCUGUUGGUGGGCACUCUGCUGCGCUUUAGACGACGCUUAUGGUAUUAUAGCAAUAAGCUAUGUUAUGAGCUCUUUCUAUCAAAAUACUUGCACGGCGACUACUUGACAUCUUGUUCCAAGCGAAAACUUACGCUUGUUAAGAAGAAAACUCUCAUCCUUGACAUGGAUGAAACUCUCAUGACCUCAGUAAUUGUAAAGAAAGGGGUGGCUAGUCCGGUUUCGCGGAAAAAAUUGAAAUGGAAAUAUGUGCCAGUUGAUUUCGAGUUUAAUUUGCACGAUUCCACGGUCAAAGUGUACAAGCGACCCUUUGUCGACCAUUUCCUGGAUCAGGUCUCGAAAUGGUUCGAUAUAGUCGUAUUCACUGCUGGAACCGAGCUAUAUGCCACGCCUAUUAUUGACUAUUUGGAUGGCGGACGAAACAUUCUGGGACAUCGGCUGUUUCGCGACAAAUGCGUCACUGUCGAAGGAUUCAAUGCUAAGUUCGUAUCGAUUGUCAACGACGAUAUGGCCAAUGUGAUUCUCCUAGAUAAUUCAAUACCUGAGUGCUGUUUCAACAUGGACAAUUCCAUACCUAUCUUCGACUACGUUAUAGGUGAUUGGGACACUGAGUUACUCAACUUACUGCCCUUUCUCGAUGCGAUUCGAUUUGCCGGGGAUGUUCGGUCCGUCUUAAAGCGUUGCAAGAGAUUGAACACGCGCCAACUUGAUUUGUACUUACAAAAGGAUAAUCUGCUCUAAGGAUAAUCUAUGCAUAGCCUUACUAAUUCUCUGUUAAAACGGCUUAAAUGGAUAUACAAGCUGUUUAAAUAGUAGUUAGAUGGGCUAAGAUCGUUUUUAGUUAUAUUUUAUCGCUAAGUCCGAGGUCACACUGAUUUUUUUGCCACUCAAACACCUUUCAAAUUUUAUACUUUUCAUAGUAUUUUCCAGUAUAUUUUAUUGACUCACCGGAAAUAAUGAAAAUUGAAUCAUUUUAGGGCAGUUCAGGUGAAAAAUUUCGUGGGCUUUUUUUAAGUUCAGAGAAAAGAUGGCAUAAAUCCUUUACAAUCGUUAAUAUUUUCCGCCAUUUACCGCAAGUAGUUAAACUAUUUAAAUAGAGGGGGCUUUAGUGGGCUAAGUUCGGUCUUUUACCAUACCAGACGCUAUAUUGUUGUUGAGGUACCAAAAUUGAGGCAAAAAA